AUGUCCACCUUGUCACCAUCACCACCACCACCUCAAAACUCCGCCUCCGGCUCGGGGCCAUCUCCUACCCCUCCAAAGGUGGUAUUUCCCAUUUCACCCGUACCACCAAAUCCUCUCGGGGGAGACCGGUAUAUCAAAACAGCCGCUGCUCUUAUCAUAGGAGACGAAAUUCUCAAUGGAAAAACCCAUGACCGCAACUCGCAUACAUUCGCACAGUACUGCUUUGUACACGGGGUAGAGCUGAAGCGGAUAGAAGUCAUUGCAGAUAACGAAGAUGAGAUCAUCGAAGCUAGCAGGAGGUUGGUAAAGGCGUACGAUCUGGUAAUCACGAGUGGCGGGAUUGGGCCUACGCAUGACGACAUAACUUAUCAGUCCCUCGCCAAGUCCUUCAACCAAAACCUCGUCCACCAUGAAGAAACAAUCCGACGCAUGUCAGAGAUGAACAAAUACCGCAAGUGGGUAGGCACCCAAGACGCACAACAACGCGCCGCCACCCGUCGGAUGGCACUCUUCCCUGAAAAAGCAGAAGUAAUCUUCGUGGGGGAGGACAUUUGGGUGCCUGUAGUCCGACUCGAAGGAAAAUUAUGCAUCUUCCCCGGCAUCCCCGCCCUCUUUCAAAAGAUGCUGCACGGCCUAACACCCUUUUUGCCCCUUCCACCAAAGAGCGAGCGGCCUCUCCGGAUACAGAUUUUUACCGAACGCGCAGAAUCAAUGAUAGCACCCUACCUAACAUCCCUCCAAGAACGUCUCAAACCCCACGGCAUCCAAGUCGGCUCGUAUCCCGUCCUGUACAAGGGCGUAUUUGUGAGCCUUAUCGGGCGCGACCUCGAGUCGAAGGAGGAUGGUGGGGUGUGGCUUGCAGAGGUCGCGAAGGAGGUGGAGCAGGCUGUGGAUGGAAGGGUGGUUAGUGAGGAGGAAGUGGCGGCGCAGAAGGGUGAGGUGGUGGGGAAUAAGAAUAAGAUUGCGGGGCAGAUGGAGGAUCUGCCCAAUGAGUUUGCGGAGAAUGAUAAGGCCAAGUUUUGAUAAGAUUUCCAGGUUGGUCCGCCUUCGUCUUCAAUGAUGUACCAUCAAUCGCAAGCUGCAUUUUCUUGAACUGAUUC